AUGUCAGCUGAACGCCGUUGGGACGAACGUCGGUUCCAGCUCGAGGAAUCCACAACUCUAAAUGGUGGCGCCCGCACAAUCUUUAUUGAGUCGAUGACACCGGGCACAACAGUGCCUCCGCAUUUUCACAGUCGCUUCACAGAGACCUUUGAUCUAAUCAGCGGAUCUAUCUCUGUCUACAGCAGCGCCGAGCCCGAUCUCGACCUCCUCGAGGCAUCAGCCCAGGGCCUUGCAGUUGGCAAGCAGGUUGCCAUCGAACCCGGGCGGUUUCACAAGUACAUUGUUGAGGGGGAGGAGCAGGCAUUGCUCCGGGUUAUUCUAACGCCGGGCGAUGCUGAUUUUGAGAGGCUGCUGAAGAUUAUGAACGGCUUGGAUGCGGACGGAGAGCUGGCAAAAAUGGGUGAUAGUUUGACGCUCAUGGCAGUCGUCAUGGGACUAGGUGAUGCCCACCUGAUUGGUCCGGCAAAGGAGAUGCUAGAUGGCGUUAGGGUAGAGAAGAAGGACGAGAUUGAGGCGCUGAAGACGAAGCUGCUCGCUAAGUACGAUACCGAGGAAGCGUUACGAGGCUUACUUGUUGCUACAUCGUCAGCUUAG